AUUGUUAAAGGGCAGGGUUUAAGAUUCAUUCACCAACCCGAAAGCAGCUCUUAAUUCUUCCGGGGCCAGGCACAGAAAUGGACCAAUCAGAGGAGGGCGCGGGUACUUUCGAAUGUUCUUGGGUCCAAUAGUUGGUGGCCUGGCUGUAUAAAAGAAGGACGGCUGAGUGCUUUUCCCUGGCAUUUGGGAGAACACCCAUCGUGGGGUUUUGUCAUGGCUCGCACCAAGCAAACCGCUCGUAAGUCCACCGGCGGCAAGGCGCCGCGCAAGCAGCUGGCCACCAAGGCGGCCCGCAAGAGCGCGCCGGCCACGGGCGGCGUGAAGAAGCCGCACCGCUACCGGCCCGGCACGGUGGCCCUGCGCGAGAUCCGCCGCUACCAGAAGUCCACGGAGCUGCUGAUCCGCAAGCUGCCGUUCCAGCGCCUGGUGCGCGAGAUCGCGCAGGACUUCAAGACCGACCUGCGCUUCCAGAGCUCGGCCGUGAUGGCGCUGCAGGAGGCGUGCGAGGCCUACCUGGUGGGGCUCUUCGAGGACACCAACCUGUGUGCCAUCCACGCCAAGCGCGUCACUAUCAUGCCCAAGGACAUCCAGCUUGCCCGCCGCAUCCGUGGUGAAAGGGCGUAA